UCUCUGCUCAGGGAUUACAAACCACGUCACACCACAGCGGACUUUUCCCUUGCAGCGUCCUCUAGAAAGUCUCUACAAAGACCGAAACCAUCCGAACCCUCCUCUUCGCCAAGACGGCGGAAUCCGCCCGUCCCCAGAUUUCCCCGCGUUGAUCGUCGCUCGCAGCACCGCAGAUUCCUAAUUCGGCAUUUGACCGACAUGGCCGUUAACGAUCCUCGUGGUAGUGCUCCGCAGCGGUGCUCUUUGGCCCGAGCUGCUUCGCAGCAAUCUUCAGCCGAGUUCCUUCGGAGGUAUUCUCGCGUGGCCCAUAAUAGAGUCCGCUAGUACCUCUUGCCUCACAAGACUGUCCGAUAUCACCCUCUCCUUACUUAGCCCAAUGCUCGGAGGUCACGAUGGCAGUAUCUAUAUCUCAUCUUUCCUUUGAACAUCAUCUUCCAGCGUUUGGUAUCGCCGAGACCCAGCCUCGCAUUUCUUGGAGAUUUGAGGGUACCGCAGUUGACUGGGAACAGACGGCAUAUGAUAUUGAAAUCACCCGCGGACUUGAUGGCGUCCCAAAUGUCUUCAACGUUAAUUCGUCGGAAUCAAUCCUAGUGCCAUGGCCUGAUAUACCACUUGAGGCUUCGGAAACGGCAGCUGUGAGAGCUCGAGCCUACGGAAGAGACACUCAGUCGUCAACGGAAUGGUCGGACUCUUUUACCGUGGAGACGGCCUUGUUGAGUACGGAGGAUUGGGCGGGCGCGAUUCCUAUUGCUGCAGAUCGACAGACGGAAACCGACGCGCCCAAGCGACCGAUUCUAUUUAGGAAGACCUUCGAUGUUAGCUCCAACGUCACGUCCUCCCGACUAUACAUCACCGCCCUCGGUCUGUAUGUGGCUGAGAUUAAUGGGAAGCGCCUCAGCGAUCACGUCCUUGCCCCUGGGUACCAAUCUUACAACUACCGACAUGUGUACGAUACAUACGAUACCACGCAGCUUUUGAAAUCCGGCAAGAAUGCAAUUGGCGUCACCGUUGGGGAAGGAUGGUACGCUGGGCGCUUUGGCUUCGGAAAGCAAGAGCGGAACCUUUAUGGGGACACGCUUGGGUUACUGUGCUUGCUCACCAUCACUCAAAGCGAUGGAACUAAGCAGACUGUCGCGAGCGAUCUCACGUGGCACGCCAAUACUGGUCCAAUUAUCACGUCAGAAAUAUACGAUGGAGAAGUGUACAACUCUACGCUACAAAUUCCGGGAUGGUCCUCUACGAACCUCGAUGAAAGUAACUGGCUAGGCGUGAAACAACUGCCUGCACCGGAAGGUAAUCUCGUUCCCUCGGAUGGAGCACCUAUCCGGAGGCUGGAAGAGGUCAAGCCAAAGGAGAUCUUCCUGUCGAAGUCCGGCAAGACGGUCGUAGAUUUUGGGCAGAACCUUGUCGGUUGGUUGAGACUCGCCGUCACCGGUCCAUCGGGUACCAACAUAACCAUGGUUCAUACAGAAGUGAUGGAGAACGGAGAAGUCGCGACGCGGCCAUUGAGGUCCGCCAAAGCGAGGGAUACUCUCAUCCUCUCUGGAAAUGGAACACAAACCUGGGAACCGUCAUUCACUUACCAUGGCUUCCGCUACGUCCAGAUCACAGGGUGGCCCAACCAAACAGCGUUGACCGGCGACUCUAUCACCGCACUCGUUGUUCACAGCGCCAUGGAACGAACCGGCUUCUUCGAAUGCUCCCACGAUCUCCUUACUCGAUUCCACGAGAACGUCCUCUGGAGCAUGAAAGGUAAUUUUCUCGGGGUGCCAACUGAUUGCCCCCAGCGUGAUGAGCGUCUGGGCUGGACCGGCGACGCUCAUGCCUUCAUGCCAACAGCGAACUACCUUUACGACGCCUCUGGCUUCUGGCGCGGCUGGCUCAAAGACGCCUGGUCGGAGCAGAGCCGCAACGACGUCUUCAUCCCGCCUUACUAUAUUCCCACAGACGACAUCUCGGACACAGAUCGUGAGCGCGUCCGCACACCGACCGCGGUAUGGGGAGACGUAGUGGUUGGCAAUCCCUGGGCUCUCUACCAGACUACGGGCGAUAAGCAGAUGCUGGAGGACCAGUACGCCGGCGCGCAAGCCUGGAUCGACAAAGGAAUCCCACGCAACGAAGCUAGCCUAUGGAACAGAUCGACGUUCCAAUUUGCUGACUGGUUGGACCCGAAAGCGCCGUCUGACGACCCCGGAGCGGCAACGACAGCUAAACAUCUCGUCGCAGAUGCAUACCUCAUCCAAAUGACACGUCUACUCUCCAACAUGUCCACGGCGCUUAACAAAACCUCCGAAGCCGAAAUAUAUGCAUCCCAGCAUUCGGAUAUAAUAUCCGCUUUCCACGCUGCCUGGACCGACCCCUACGAUACCAUCAUCGCGAACGUCACGCAAACCGCGCUCGCCCUCGGCCUCGCUUUCGACAUCUUUAAUACUCCUGAAUCCCGUCAAGAAGCCGCAUCCACCCUCCAAAAUGUAAUCGCGAAUAACUCCUACCUUGUUGGCACGGGCUUCGCAGGCACCCAACAGCUCGGCUUCGCGCUCUCUGGCAUCAAUGCCACCUCCGACUUCUACAAAAUGCUGCUGCAGACACAGGUCCCGUCGUGGCUCUACCAGGUUGUCAUGGAUGGUACGACGACCUGGGAGCGCUGGGAUAGCUUGCUCCCUAACGGCAGUGUAAACCCAGGUUCCAUGACGAGCUUCAAUCACUAUGCUUUUGGCAGUGUGGCGGACUGGGUGCAUCAGAAGGUGGGAGGCCUUGCGCCUGCAGAACCCGGGUGGAAGACGGUGAAGGUGGCUCCUGAGCCGGGUGGUAAUAUUACCUGGGCGAAGGCAAGUUAUUUGGGGCCGUACGGGUGGGUGAACAGUAGCUGGACGGUGGAGGAUGAUGGAUUCCAUUUAGCGGUCAAUGUCCCACCCAAUAGUAAGGCGGAGGUGGUGCUUCCUGGUGGUGGAGGGAACACGACAAUUGUUGGCAGUGGACGGAAAGAUUUCCUCGUUGAGGGGUAUAAGAUGUCCACUUAAAACGGGCAUGUCGUAUAUCUAUGGGCACAAGCAGAGCCUCCGUCGUGCGUAUGCGCGGUAAUGAACACCAAAAGUUUUUCUUAUCA